AUGGAGAAGGUUAGGUAUCCGAGGAUCCAUUCCUACGGGAGCAUGAGCUCCUCGAGAAACGAGGAUGAUAUGACAGUUCACAGUCAGCUGUUUCCUUACCCGAAAAAGAUGCGGGUAGAAAGGGAGAUACUGUACGAAGAGGAGCAUCCGCCGUUCCAACCUUUAUUCGCGACUUCGAAGUUAUUCGGGAAGGCGAGGUUCACAUGCCUGCUAGUGAUGUACGUCGUGUUUUAUUUGGUGUAUCUGGUGUCUGGCGCGCUAGUGUUCUCCGCGUUGGAGGCACCGCUGGAGAAUCAGAUCAGGCUUGACGUCAUCAGGGCCAAACAGGAGUUUAUGCUUCGCCAUCCAGACGUUACAGAUGAGGACCUAGAGACAUUGCUGGAUGAGGUGAUACGGGCCAGCAACCGCGGCGUGACUGCCUCAAAAAAUGUCAGCGGUGGGCCCAACUGGAGCUUCGGGCAAUCACUAUUUUUCUCUUCCACUGUCGUCACCACGAUCGUAGCGUUACUGCCUCAAUCAACGUCAGCGGUAGGCCCCACUAGAACUUCGGCCAGUCACUGCUCUUCUCUUCCACUGUCGUCACCACGAUCGGUAAGACAAUCACUUGCACCUUCAUCAACAGUAGCGUUACUGCCUCAAGAAACGGCAGCGCCUGGCAAGCUGUUCUGCAUGGUGUACGCGCUGCUCGGGAUCCCGCUGACGCUGGUGCUGCUGUCAGCGCUGGUGGAGCGGCUGCUACUGCCGGCCACGGCGCUGCUGCGUGCGCUCAACGCCUCGCUAGGCCAUCUCUACCGCCCCUUCACUAUACGCCUCGCGCACUUACUAAUUAUAGUGCUGGUGUUGGUGAUAUUCUUCCUCGUGCUGCCCGCGGUGGUGUUCGCAGCCAUCGAGCCCGACUGGGACUUCCUGGACUCGUUCUACUACUGCUUCAUAUCUCUCACCACCAUCGGGUUAGGAGACUACAUCCCCGGGGAUGCGCCAGGGCAGCCUUACCGCCCGCUGUACAAAGUCGCCACCACUUUGUUCUACGACAUACCGCAGCUGAACCUCAGCACCGUAUUCUCGUCCGUGAAACUGGACGAGGACCCGGAGAAGAUGCGUCUGAGCGGGUCCGGCGCUCUCGGCCCCGGGUACGGUCUCGGCGGACUCGUCAUGCGCGACCAGCGCCGCUCCGUCGUACACAUCCGCCCGCACCUCGACGAUAGCCCCAGCCCUGAGGAUACCACGCCUCCCCAGCCCUGA